GCCUCAACGGUGAGCUGAAUUUAUCAUCAACCGGUUGUGGACCCGAGCACACUUUAUUCACGUCAGACAGGAUAACCUGAGGCAAUCCAAUCUAUACAUAACGACACCCAAGCCCACCGAGGCCGGGAAACCUUGGAGGGAGUAAGAUAAAAACGAGCAAUCAUGUCUCAACUGACACUCCUUGAGGACGCGUUUCGUGAGGUAUGAUCACUGUUUUUUGGGGGUUUUCUUUCAAGUGGAUGAUAACAAAGUGGUUAAUCCGGGGUAGUUUCUCGAUAUUGAGGAGAAACAAGAGAUCCCCGCCGUGAUACAAAUUAGGGAAAUCUCCACCACCCUGAACCUAGUUGGUGAGGCAACAUGGAAAGCGUCUGUCCACUGCGACGAAGGCCGUUUUGUCAGAACAGUUGAAGUAAAGAACCCAUUCGAUGCGAACGAUGAAGAGAACCUUGAAUGGUAUUUUGAGGAGUUUGCGACUUCUUCACCCUUUUCGCACUCGAGAGCUCGCGACGUGUCCUCCAGCCUGAGAAAAUAUGCUGCCGAGUUAAUAAAGGGGUUUGCAUUAGAAGAAGUCGUCGACCACAUACAGGAGCAAAAUACUGGGGGGGCGGAGGCGGGAAUCACUUUUUUUCUCGACGUGGAGACCCUGCCUUCGGAGCCGACCGAGCUAUCCCUACAUAUGAUACAUUGGGAAAUACUCGAAAACCUUGACCUUUGGCCGCGGGGAAUAAAGGGGCGGAUAGUGGUUCGCAGGGCGAUCGCGGAUUUGGAGUUGAGGCAGUCUUCUCCGGAUAUCGUGAACAGGUGUUUUAGCAUACUACUUGUAGCGGCGAGGAACCCAGGCGGAGGCGAGGGUGAAUCCGGACAUACUCUUGUGGCAGCAGAACUAGUGAAAGUCCUGGUGGACCUUCCGCCUGAAACACCCGUUGAUCUGGAGAUCGUAAGACCGGGCACAUGGGGGUUGUUCAAGGCAAGCUUGGAGACGAGGCCUAGGGGUUACUACCGAUUGGUUCAUUUUGACAUGCACGGAAGGGUGCGAGUGGAUAAAAUGGCAGGAGAGAAAACGUUUGUAUCUCCACGAAAACAAAGUGUUAGAAUGACUGUCCUAACGGGGUGUUAACAGACCGUCGUUAUGCUUUGUCUCCGAUAAGGAUCCUACAACGGUAAAUUGGAAGUCUGCUUCUGACGUCGCCGACCUACUCUGUCUGCACAAUGUGACCUCCGUCAUCGUGAAUUCCUGCAACUCGGCCAACGCUAGUGAGGAGAGUGUCGCACUCAAAUUCAUCAACCGUGGAGUUUCUGCAGUUGUGGCUAUGUCCUAUGAAUUAAUGUCUGGUGCUGCGGGGUCUUUUCUGAUGGGUUUCUACCGUUCGCUCUUAAUCGACACAUCCAGCUUCGCUGUGGCAGCACAUGCUGGACGGGCAAAAAUGAUGGAGCAGAUGAUGAGAGAUUCUUGUGGGAAUCGGGUACCGGUAGUGGAUCAUAUCGCCCCAGUUUUUUAUCAGCGCGGAGAGCUGGCCGUGAUCAAUCCGGGUGUCAUGAUGAGGUUGAACAUGAUUCUGCUCACGAAGGAGCGCAAAGCCCCCAUGAAUCUUGUAGGCAGAGAACUGGACAUCCUGAGACUGGAGAUAUUGCUUCUUUGCGGGAAUGGUGUUGCUAUAGUCACAGGGAGGAGAAGAGUUGGUAAGAGGAAAAACGCAGCUAUACUCUACAGCGAAACGUAUACUGACUGGUAUUGGCUGUCGGCAGGGAAAACCGCCUUCUUGAAACAUCUGUGCUGGUGGUGGGGUAUUACUGACUUAGUUAACCAUAGUCUGCGCAUAGAUCUUGAAGCAUCAGGAGACACCUUGAGCGAAAUUUUGCUCCUAAUCCAUCGGGAAUUCAUCGGCAUGCCAACAAUAUUAGAGAUUCAGAUGUUGGCCGUCCCAGAUGCCAGCGAAACCUCCGCGUACUGGCGACUGGUGAACUGGUUGAAGUUGAACAGGUGCAUGAUCGUUUUCGAUGGUGUUGAACAUUGGAAACCGGAACUUCUGCAAAAGAUUCAGCCCGAGGACAGCACCGGACCAGUCUUUUGGAAUUCUGAACGGCGCGCUCUAGAGGGUUUUUUGGAGGAAGUUAGUGGUGGUGAAACGAUUGUGAUAGUCACAGCUGAACUCAAUUCACCUUGGGUGGAUGUCAACCCGUAUAUCCUCGAGGGAUUGCCACCGUGAGUUGUCCGCGCCAUGUGUGUGGAGGAGCAGGCUACUAAGGGAGUCCUAUCUAGAUGCGAUAUGGCGACGCUACUACCGAUUGAACUGGGGGAAUCUAAUGAGGGGAAGGCCCUUGAGCCAAGUGCGGACUUCAUGGAAUUCUACACCAAGCUUAUUGAGCUCUGCGACGGUCUUCCAGGGGCCGUUACAGAAUUCUCCUGCAAGCUCCCGCUCGACACCAAGGAAAAUACCCCGGAGCGAAUAUACUGCGGAAGCCUCUUGGCGGUUCCCGCGGCCGCAGGCCGGUACAGCCAGGAUUGUGCAAGGGCCAAAUUUGUUCGGGAUUUAAUCCCUCCCGAUUCAGACGGGGCUCCCAGUUCGGAUGAGGUUUCCCAUUCUGACCUGAGCCGUCUAAUGUAUAUCAUUGCUCCGUUCUGGGGACGGAUCCCGAAAGACAUCGACGACUACUUGAUUCAUAUUUGUUUUAAUGGAUACUUUAAUCACAAUGACCCUGACACCCUCUGCCUACCAAUACGGAGGUUUGACGCUAAGAAUCCCCGCGAUUUGAGCCCGGUGGAGAAAGCGGAGGCAAAGGAACUUCUUGCCCGCUCCAAGCUACGCUCCGAGUACCACCGCAUAAUUUCCUUCCUGCAGAAGAAAGACUAUCUAACAAGGGACGAAUUCAAACCGGAUCAAUAUUAUAGGGUCAACCCGGUUUUGACGCUUGGACUCCAUGGAGUGAUGUUUGGUGAUGGACACCUGAGCGCUGUGGCACAUGCGAGUGCGUGCCUCGCCGCAUUCCUGGACUACUACAAAAUACAAACCCUCGAGGACGACUGGGAUAGUCGUAUCCAGCUCGAGAAGACAAACAUUUACUCCAUAAUGAUAACACUCUCAUGCCUCCCGCCAACACCAACCGGACUCUCGUUAUUGCCAGUUAGUCCUGUAGUAUCUCUAAUAUCAAUGUAUCAGGCUGGGCGCGGCGGCAGUGACUGCCACGUCCUAGAGGUCAUCUCUGAGAUGUGGAUCGGAGCAUUCGACUCAUUCCUGGCGACAGAGAGGGAUAUGCCCUUAGAAGGUGUUUUCCCUGUUUAUAAACUCGUCUUCCACUGCUCGAACUACCUCUGCUCCAGAUACAGGAAUUCAAAGAACACGACAGGGAAAUUCAUCGAACAAGUCAAGAAAUCCAACGAGUACUCCGAGCUUUCCAAAAAAUUACCGGAAGGCCUCCGCGAACAUUUACUCAUUGCGAACUUCAUAGCUGCGACAAUGAGCGCACAAGCAAAGGCGCGCAGAGGGCUUCUGCCGGGGGCCUUUGUGUACGAAACCAUGGGGGAUGUAUCUGGAGCCAACUAUGAAGUGCACAAACUCCUCGAGUCGGAUCCUAGAAUCAACUUCAAAGCCGAUGGCAAUGGCGACGUAGAACAGGACCUCCGAAGAUUGCAAAACUUGCGGACACUCUCACUCGAAUUCGACACCAAUAAUUCUCGUAGCCGGUCCAGGGAAACCAAGAAGGCCAAAGCACAGCAAUCAAUAAAAGAAGUCUGCGAUGAGCUCAGGGAAUCGGCAGUGAAACUGGGAAUGGACCUCACGUAUAUCGACGGCUGGCUGGCCGUGCACGAAGCAAGAGCCGGCAUCACUACCCUCGCCGAGGCACUGAGAAAGCUGGGGAAAGCCGAAGCGAACGAUCCAUCGAAAUACCUCCCCGGGUCCGCGAUCAUGGAAGCGGAGAUGAAGAGAGACAGUGGCGACAUUGCCGGUGCGAGGGAUAUACUACUCACAGCGCUGGAGAAUUCCCGGGAGAUAGGAUCCACAAAAGGAGAAUUCCUGUGCCACGGUCGAUUGCAAGAAAUCGCCUACCUCACCAGUCAAUGGGGCGACGUAAUCGCGCACAAUCAACGGAUGAUAGAUCUGGUGGAUAUGGUUCACAGCGGCGGUACCAAGGAAAAACGAAAGGCAGACAAAGCCGUACUAUCGAGCCACUCUGGGAUCGCACAUGCCCACCUUCGGCAGUGGAACGAAGCUAUUGAUUGUGUUUUGUACACGGUACGCAUCUGCCAGGAAGCGCCUGUCAACGACCCGAAUACCAUCCUCCUUGACAGGAUCCAGGCUGAACAAUUGGUCGUCCUAAGGUACCUCCGGUACCACCGCCCAGACCACGAAGACCUUCCUUCUACGGCGGAGAUUAGGCGACAGCAGCUUAUCCUCCAACGAAAGCUUGAUCCCGCAACGGCAGGGAAGAUGGAUGAUCCAACAUUGAGGAGGAUGGAGGAGAUUAAGAUGCAAUUUAGCCUUAUCGUGACGAUGAACCCUAGGGCACAACGCGCCACGAGGAGAGAAAUACGGCAUGGCAAUGCACCGACACACGACGGCAUACCAUUGUACACGAGGAGCCGUGAUGUCAAAGAGUGGUGGAAGGAUACAGAGGAGGAUGUGGAGGCAUUAGCACUGGUGAAGGAGUAUCAUAGUUCUUUCCAGCACGAUCCUGAGUCUCCCUUGUUUGGCAUCAGUUUGGACGAAUCGGGAGCAUUGGAAGGGCUGUUACCCGGGAUUUGAAAACAGAACCGAGUUGAUAUUGAAUUGAAGCAGAAGGAUUUUCCCGG